AAGAGGAUAUAAGCCUAUAACUUAUUACUGUAUUAACUUUAUUUCAUUAUAAGUGUCAUUUUAAGGUGUACCAUCACCGAAUCUGAAUUUUCCCUGACCAAUCAUUUUAAGCUUAUGACGUGGCAGCCAGGUGGUGUACGUAUUAAAAAAACCAAAUAAAUAAAGAGGAAAAAAAAAAAACAGAGGAAAGAAUAACAAACUCAUCAAAACAGAGAUACAUCAGUUUCUUUGCUUCUCUCGAAGUUUCUGUGUAUUCUUGCGUGAGUUUAUCGAGAAAAUCUCCGGUUGAAAAUGACGGAGUCGACGGAAGCAAACGCCGAUACUCUGAGGCUGGAGUUGCACAAGGUACUGACGGAGAUUGUCCACGACGGAGUAGGACGAGGAGGAGGCAAAGAUCAUCUAGUUGAGACUGACGCAAUUGAUGAGGCUGUUACUAGAAUCCUUACUUGUCUUGGGAAAGUAGAAUCCAAGAAGCCGCCGGUGGUAGUUCCGAAAGAGUUUAUAUGUAAACUCUCGAAGACGAUCAUGAUCGAACCUGUGAUCAUUGCUUCUGGCCAGACUUUUGAAAAGAAACACAUCACAAAGUGGCUGAAGCAUAACACUACAUGUCCCGAAACCAAAGCAGUCCUCUCUCACUUGUGUUUGACACCCAACCAUUCGAUCAAUGAGUUGAUUACGCAAUGGUGUCUCGUUAACAAAUAUGAUCGGCCAGACCCACAACCAUCUGAUGAAAUAGUCAUUGAGAUGUUCACUGGUGACAUCGAACCAUUGCUUCACCGGAUUUCCUCUCCUUCCUCGGUUGCAGAUCAGAUAGAAGCUGCAAAAGAGCUUGCCCUCCAGACCUCGAAAUUUGUCAAUGUCUGCGACUUCUUUGUCAAGGAACUCUAUGAUUCGAUCACUAGGUUGCUCACUCCGCUCUCUAACUUUGGCGAUGACGUAGACUCGAAUCCUGAGCUUCAAGAGAAUAUCCUCACAUCAUUGUUGAACAUCUCGACUGUUGAGAAAAGUCAAAAAAUAAUUGCUGAAAAUCCUCUUGUGAUCCCUCUGCUUACAAAGUCUUUGAGGAGGGGGACAGAUCAAACAAAAACAGUCUCUGCAGCGACUUUAACGUCACUUUCAGGCAUUGAUUCUAACAAGAUUAUCAUCGGGAACUCGGAAGCACUCAAGGCUCUGAUAGAUCUAAUCGGGGACUCGGAUGACUUAUCAGCAACAGGUGAAGCUGGCUACGCUGUUUUAAACCUCUGUUCUGAUGAAUCGGAGAACAUGGAAAAGGCGAUUUCAGAGGGUUUGAUUCUCGCAGUACUCAAAAAGAUCCUAGCAGGAAGAAAUGUAGAGAAUAUGGUAUCUAUCUUGACAUCGAUUUCUACAAACAACCAGGUUAAGGAAAAAAUAGAGGAACUAGGGAUUGUGUGUGAUAUCUUAAAGAUCUUGAGGAACACAAGCUGCUUGAUGACUGGUGAGAACGCUAUAGAGGUCCUCUUCAAAAUGUUUGAUGGAAUCAGAGACACGGCUAGGCUGGGAAUUCUCCAAGAAGAGGAGCUUCUAUACAAGACAUUUACGAAGCUUGCAAGGCAAGGAUCAGAUCGUGCGGCGAGAAAAGCACAAGAGAUUUUACAGUGGAUGGAGAUGUUCGCUGAGAAGGAAAAGUGCCAAAAGAUGCUUGAGCUUGCUGCUCUUAAUUGACUUGUUUGUUUCUAAUACACUGAGAUCAAACUCAAAGUUCAUGUCAUUGGAUCCAUACCUUAGUUUUGUAUACUUAACCAUGAUGUGUCUUACAUUCUAUUAUUUGCAUCAAUAUUUUCCUCAACCAUGAUGUGUCUCCCUUGGUUUUAGCUUUAAAGUAAACUACUUCUCUCUAGAUUUUUUUAUAAAGAAUGUUUUCUUGGCUUCAGGUAUUUAUUGAUUAAUUUAUAAGAUUAUAUACGUUUCGUUGUUUGUCGACCGUUAAAAGUGAUGCAGAGGAGUUAGUUGAAAAUUGGGACCAAAAGUAGCAUAAUCAUGACACAUGGCCAUAGUAAGACACCGACCUGUAAAUGUGAGUCGCACACAAUGGAGGGAGACUGCGUAAAUACCAAAGGAAACAGCAAGUCAUGUGGAUGUUUUCUCUUGUAUUCAUUCUUCCAAAUGCUCUGCUGUUCGCUGUCAUAUUCACGAAACGGCACACACUUUGAUCCCUCCCACUCAUUUUUAUUCCCUCUCAAGCAAGAACUUUUUUUCGUUUGACAUCAUCAUAUUUUUCGUAUAGCUUAUUUUAUCGUCUAAAACGUGUUCAAUAAAGCUUAUAUUUUGGUUGGGAUCAACAAACUAAACUUCUUGAAACUAUAUAGACCACACUCAUCAGCAAGCUAUAUAAAAUUGAAGGC